AUGGAACAAACAACAACAACAGUAUCUUCGUUAAAAUCAAAACUUUUUCUUAUACUAACAUUAUGUACAGUUAUUAGUUUGAUUAUUAUUAUUGUUAUAUUAAUGUUCACAAUUAUUAAAGACCGACAAACAUCAGCGCAGAUUCCCAUUGCACAAUCUCUUAAAUCAGUUUCGAAGCAAUCAACAUUCACAACUACUAUUUCUACAACAACAACGACUUUGUCUCCUGAAGAAAUUCAUCGAUUAUCUUCGUUUAAAGAAUUUCUUAAUUUACCAUCGAAUCAUCCGAAUCCAAAUCCAUCUCGUUCACCGAAAACAAUGAAUACAUUUAUGCGUUCAAUCUAUCGACAAAUGUAUGAUGAACGAGGAUCUCAAAGAAGAAAACGUCGUGAUAAUGAAUAUUUAAAUUAUUAUUUAUCCGAUGAAUUCGAUUCAAUUAUUAGUUUACCAAAUCAAUAUUCUUAUUUAUCUACAAAUAUGACUUAUCAUUUUGAAUAUAAUGGAUCAAUUGAAUAUCUUAAAUAUGCUGAAUUUAUUUUACCUAUUCGACAAUUUUCAAUUAUUCAACUAUCUUCUUCAACUUUUAAUAUUACAAUCAAACAAUCUGAUAGAAAUAAUAAUAAUAAUUUCAUAAAAAUCAAUUUAACACAAUACAUCACAUCAUUUCCAUUCACAUUUCAUCUUACAUUUAUUCAAACAAAACAAAAACUUUCAACAGGAUUUUUAACUUUAUAUUUUCAAAAAUCAUCUCAUUCAGUUGUCCGUCGUGAUUUAUCAACAUUCUAUAAUAAUCAAUUAAUAACAUAUCCUGAUGAUCCAUCAUAUUGUCAAGUUCGUCCAUUACGUACAUCAUUUUCCGAAUUAAAUUGGUCAUCUUGGAUUAUUGAACCAAGUUCAUAUGAAAUGAAUAUAUGUUCAGGUACAUGUCAUACGCAAUCAAAUAUGGGUACAUAUUUUAUAAUUCAAAAUUUAUUGAAUCAGAAAUAUCCAAAGAAAAUUCCAGCACCAUGUUGUAAACCAAAACGUUUCUCAUCGACAAUACUUUUAUAUUAUGAUGGACCGAAUUUAAUUUUAAAAAGACAUGAAAAUAUGCGUGUUGUUGAAUGUGGUUGUUCGUUAUAG